AUGCCCCGCAUCACACGACCCCCGGCAGGGCAGCAAGCAAGUGGGGCGCAGCAGCAUAGGAGGUGGGGCGCAGCAGCAUGGGAGGUGGGGCGCAGCAGCAUGGGAGGUGGCGCGCAGCAGCUGGGAGGUGGCGCGCAGCAGCAUGGGAGGUGGCGCGCAGCAGCAUGGGAGGUGGCGCGCAGCAGCAUGGGAGGUGGCGCGCAGCAGCAUGGGAGGUGGCGCGCAGCAGCAUGGGAGGUGGCGCGCAGCAGCAUGGGAGGUGGCGCGCAGCAGCAUGGGAGGUGGGGCGCAGCAGCAUGGGAGGUGGCGCGCAGCAGCAUGGGAGGUGGCGCGCAGCAGCAUGGGAGGUGGCGCGCAGCAGCAUGGGAGGUGGCGCGCAGCAGCAUGGGAGGUGGCGCGCAGCAGCAUGGGAGGUGGCGCGCAGCAGCAUGGGAGGUGGCGCGCAGCAGCAUGGGAGGUGGCGCGCAGCAGCAUGGGAGGUGGCGCGCAGCAGCAUGGGAGGUGGGGCGCAGCAGCAUGGGAGGUGGGGCGCAGAAGCAUGGGAGGUGGCGCGCAGCAGCAUGGGAGGUGGCGCGCAGCAGCAUGGGAGGUGGGGCGCAGCAGCAUGGGAGGUGGCGCGCAGCAGCAUGGGAGGUGGCGCGCAGCAGCAUGGGAGGUGGCGCGCAGCAGCAUGGGAGGUGGCGCGCAGCAGCAUGGGAGGUGGGGCGCAGCAGCAUGGGAGGUGGCGCGCAGCAGCAUGGGAGGUGGCGCGCAGCAGCAUGGGAGGUGGCGCGCAGCAGCAUGGGAGGUGGCGCGCAGCAGCAUGGGAGGUGGCGCGCAGCAGCAUGGGAGGUGGCGCGCAGCAGCAUGGGAGGUGGCGCGCAGCAGCAUGGGAGGUGGCGCGCAGCAGCAUGGGAGGUGGCGCGCAGCAGCAUGGGAGGUGGCGCGCAGCAGCAUGGGAGGUGGCGCGCAGCAGCAUGGGAGGUGGCGCGCAGCAGCAUGGGAGGUGGCGCGCAGCAGCAUGGGAGGUGGCGCGCAGCAGCAUGGGAGGUGGCGCGCAGCAGCAUGGGAGGUGGCGCGCAGCAGCAUGGGAGGUGGCGCGCAGCAGCAUGGGAGGUGGCGCGCAGCAGCAUGGGAGGUGGCGCGCAGCAGCAUGGGAGGUGGCGCGCAGCAGCAUGGGAGGUGGCGCGCAGCAGCAUGGGAGGUGGCGCGCAGCAGCAUGGGAGGUGGCGCGCAGCAGCAUGGGAGGUGGCGCGCAGCAGCAUGGGAGGUGGCGCGCAGCAGCAUGGGAGGUGGCGCGCAGCAGCAUGGGAGGUGGCGCGCAGCAGCAUGGGAGGUGGCGCGCAGCAGCAUGGGAGGUGGCGCGCAGCAGCAUGGGAGGUGGCGCGCAGCAGCAUGGGAGGUGGCGCGCAGCAGCAUGGGAGGUGGCGCGCAGCAGCAUGGGAGGUGGCGCGCAGCAGCAUGGGAGGUGGCGCGCAGCAGCAUGGGAGGUGGCGCGCAGCAGCAUGGGAGGUGGCGCGCAGCAGCAUGGGAGGUGGCGCGCAGCAGCAUGGGAGGUGGCGCGCAGCAGCAUGGGAGGUGGCGCGCAGCAGCAUGGGAGGUGGCGCGCAGCAGCAUGGGAGGUGGGGCGCAGCAGCAUGGGAGGUGGCGCGCAGCAGCAUGGGAGGUGGCGCGCAGCAGCAUGGGAGGUGGCGCGCAGCAGCAUGGGAGGUGGCGCGCAGCAGCAUGGGAGGUGGCGCGCAGCAGCAUGGGAGGUGGCGCGCAGCAGCAUGGGAGGUGGCGCGCAGCAGCAUGGGAGGUGGCGCGCAGCAGCAUGGGAGGUGGCGCGCAGCAGCAUGGGAGGUGGCGCGCAGCAGCAUGGGAGGUGGCGCGCAGCAGCAUGGGAGGUGGCGCGCAGCAGCAUGGGAGGUGGCGCGCAGCAGCAUGGGAGGUGGCGCGCAGCAGCAUGGGAGGUGGCGCGCAGCAGCAUGGGAGGUGGCGCGCAGCAGCAUGGGAGGUGGGGCGCAGCAGCAUGGGAGGUGGCGCGCAGCAGAUGGGAGGUGGCGCGCAGCAGCAUGGGAGGUGGGGCGCAGCAGCAUGGGAGGUGGCGCGCAGCAGCAUGGGAGGUGGCGCGCAGCAGCAUGGGAGGUGGCGCGCAGCAGCAUGGGAGGUGGCGCGCAGCAGCAUGGGAGGUGGCGCGCAGCAGCAUGGGAGGUGGCGCGCAGCAGCAUGGGAGGUGGCGCGCAGCAGAGUGGAAGGCGAGGCUCACGAGGAUGCCGGCGACAAUGA